AGACGAGUGAGCGUAAAACGGUCAAUUUGCUCCUACGGUUCUCCGUAGCUGUCUGAGAAUAUAAGAGGCAGUGUUCAGAGACCCUCUGUAGACCGUAGAUUUUCCCUCUUCCUCUGUGGUGUUCUUUCUUUUUCAUCUCUCUAUCUCUCUUAUCGUCCUAAGGAUAUCUGAAUUGUGUCGGUUUUGAUUUCAAAAUGGCUACUUCAUAUAAGCCUAAGAACAUUCUCAUUACUGGAGCUGCUGGAUUCAUUGCUUCCCAUGUUGCCAACAGGCUCAUCCGUAGCUAUCCAGAUUACAAGAUCGUUGUCUUGGACAAGCUUGACUACUGUUCAGAUCUCAAGAAUCUCAACCCUUCCAAUUCUUCUCCCAACUUCAAGUUUGUCAAAGGAGAUAUCGCUAGUGAUGACCUCGUUAGCUACCUUCUCAUCACCGAAAACAUCGAUACCAUCAUGCACUUUGCUGCUCAAACCCAUGUUGACAACUCUUUUGGUAAUAGCUUUGAGUUUACCAAGAACAAUAUUUAUGGUACUCAUGUUCUUCUUGAAGCCUGCAAAGUAACAGGACAGAUCAAGAGGUUUAUCCAUGUGAGUACCGAUGAAGUCUAUGGAGAAACAGAUGAGGAUGCUGCUGUUGGAAACCAUGAAGCUUCUCAGCUUUUACCGACAAACCCUUACUCAGCUACUAAGGCUGGUGCUGAGAUGCUUGUCAUGGCUUAUGGUAGAUCAUAUGGAUUGCCUGUUAUUACUACUCGUGGGAACAAUGUUUAUGGGCCUAACCAGUUUCCUGAGAAAAUGAUUCCUAAGUUCAUGUUGUUGGCUAUGAGUGGGAAGCCGCUUCCGAUCCAUGGAGAUGGAUCUAACGUGAGGAGUUACUUGUACUGUGAAGACGUCGCCGAGGCCUUUGAGGUUGUUCUUCACAAAGGAGAAGUUGGUCACGUCUACAACAUCGGAACAAAGAGAGAAAGAAGAGUGAUUGAUGUGGCGAGAGACAUCUGCAAACUUCUCGGGAAAGAUCCUGAAUCAAGCAUUCAGUUUGUGGAGAAUCGACCUUUUAAUGAUCAAAGGUACUUCCUCGAUGAUCAGAAGCUGAAGAAUCUUGGUUGGUCGGAGCGAACCGGGUGGGAAGAUGGUUUGAAAAAGACAAUGGAAUGGUACACUAAGAAUCCUGAGUGGUGGGGUGAUGUUUCUGGAGCUUUGCUUCCUCAUCCGAGGAUGCUUAUGAUGCCUGGUGGAAGAGUUUCUGACGAGAAGAAAGACACCUCGAGCAACACCGUCCAGACAUUCACGGUUGUAACACCUAACAACAAGACUGUUGGUUCUAAUGACAAAGCCUCGUUGAAGUUCUUGAUCUAUGGUAAGACUGGGUGGAUCGGUGGUCUUCUAGGGAAGCUAUGUGAGAAGCAAGGGAUUACAUAUGAGUAUGGGAAAGGACGUUUGGAGGACAGAGCUUCUCUCGUCGCCGAUAUUCGUAGGAUCAAGCCGACACAUGUGUUUAGUGCUGCUGGUUUAACUGGGAGACCCAAUGUUGACUGGUGUGAAUCUCACAAACCAGAGACCAUUCGUGUCAAUGUCGCUGGUACUUUGACUCUUGCAGAUGUUUGCAGAGAGAAUGGUCUCUUGAUGAUGAAUUUCGCCACCGGUUGCAUAUUUGAGUACGAUGCUGCACAUCCCGAGGGUUCUGGUAUUGGCUUCAAGGAGGAAGACAAGCCGAACUUCACCGGUUCUUUCUACUCCAAAACCAAAGCCAUGGUUGAGGAACUCUUGAGAGAGUUUGACAAUGUAUGUACUUUGAGAGUUCGGAUGCCAAUCUCAUCAGACCUAAACAACCCGAGAAACUUCAUCACCAAGAUAUCACGCUACAACAAAGUGGUGAACAUCCCGAACAGCAUGACCAUACUGGACGAGCUUCUUCCAAUCUCCAUCGAGAUGGCCAAAAGAAACCUAAGAGGGAUAUGGAACUUUACUAACCCAGGGGUGGUGAGUCAUAACGAGAUACUAGAGAUGUACAAGAGUUACAUCGAGCCAGGAUUUAAGUGGUCCAACUUCACAGUGGAGGAACAAGCAAAAGUCAUUGUUGCUCCUCGAAGCAACAAUGAAAUGGAUGGUGCUAAACUAAGCAAGGAGUUCCCAGAGAUGCUACCUAUUAAAGAGGCACUCAUCAAAUACGUCUUUGGACCAAACAAGAGAACAUAAGCCUCGAUGAACAAUACACUAUUUGCCAUAAGUGCUGCAGACCUAUAACUGUUUUUUUUAUUGCCUUUUCUUUUUACAAAAAUGUUUUUUUAUACUUGAUCGUCAUCUUACAUCCUUGUAAGUAGUUUCACUAUGUUGAUUCUACUAAAAUAUAUGAUUUAUCACUAUUAUUAUUUAUAGAGACGAGAGUUUUUCCU